AUGUCGAACGACGACGAUGCGGAGACGCAGGACGUCGAUGAAGAAUUUCUCGCGCUCGUGCGUCGCGCGCGAGCCGUCGCCGCGGUCGCCGCGGCGGACGUCGCGGACGCCGAACGCCUGAGCGAAGCGGAGGACAAAUGGGGCCAAGCCAUCACGCGGGACGGGCGGAAGUAUUACUACGAUAAGGAGAACAGGGCGACGGUGCAGUGGGAGCGACCGCGCGCGCUCAAGGGGACGCGCCGCGUCGUCGCGCGGGCGUACGAGACGCAUAAACCGACGCUCCCGGCGCCGUGGAGGGAGCUCCCGAGCGAGACGGAGGGUAAGAUUCCGUAUUAUUGGAACGUCGAGACGGGCGAGGUGCGAUGGGAGCGUCCGAGGUGCGUCGGGGCGGUCGACGCGGUCGUCGCCUCGUGA